CGACGCUGACAAUGAACGCAUCAAAUAUAACAAGCUAUUCGCAGGACAUAUAUACUCUCAAUAUCAGUUGCUACACGGACAUAAACAAUGACUAUUGCUUGAUAUCCUGGACAACAGAUGGGCAACUACUUCGUGCAAACGGAUACGGGACAGACAAAAUACAUAAUUCGUCUUUAAUGGUGUUUGUGAAUGUCAGUAAAGAAAACAACGGUCAAACUAUUACCUGCAGCGUCAAUUGCUCCAACUUUGAUGUUCAACUAUCCAAGUCGCAUUCUUUACAAGUGCCAUAUAAACCGAGUGUUCACUUGUCGGUUAAAGACGAAGUAUUGCUUAAUGCUCAUGACUCUACCAGCGUUACUUGCACGGCAAAGAGUCUACCAUUUUCGGAUAUUGUUUGGACGGUAAACGGAGACACACAACUCCUCGUUUGCAAUAAGUCCGAGGAAUGUGUGAUGAAAACUAUCCCGAUAGAAACAAACGAGCACCGAAACUACACAUGCACAGCUUAUUUCGAAUUAGGAAAUUAUAACACAAGUGCGAACAGUUCAUUUCUUGCAAUUGGAAGAGCUUCGACCAACAGUAACGAUAUACCAAUAGUGUGGAUAAUCAUUGGUUUGAGCGUUAUUAUUGCGGCUGUCAUUAUUUCAUCGGUCAUCGUAUUGGCCAGAAAACGAUUUUUAAAGAAGAAUCAACACGUAAAUACAAGUGAACCUCAGCCUGUCCAACAUGUUUUCACUGCAGUCAACGUGCAGGAAAAUGAAACAGUAGAAAUGAACGAAGAGGUUACGUACGCCCAAGUUAACAAAAUCAGGACAAAUAGGACAGAAGCAGUGGGGCCUAAAACGAAGGGUUCAGAAAGCAACCUAGUUUAUGCAGAUAUAGACAUCGACCAUUUGGAGACAGCCGGCAAACCACCUUCGAGACAGAGGCCGCCAAGUCCGACAGAAUAUGCUGAAAUUCAUACUAUCAGAACAGAAAGUGGAUCAAGCAGUGACAAUAUUAUAACCUAACGUCAGGGAAGAUAAUAACUCUACUUACGUGCACAUAAGCUGAUGUACUCAAAUGCAAAGCAUUUCAGAAAAAAAAUAAUUCUUAAAUGAUUUAAGUCAUAUUUAAUCUGAGAAAUAGCAUUUACCAUAUGAUAUACAUUCGAUAAAAAAGACAUAUCCUAUUCAUUUUCAGCGACAUCAGUCCCACUGAUAGCAAUCUUUUUUAGAGUUUUGAGAUUUCCAAACAAAUAAUAUGCAUAUACAUGAUUAUACUAAUUUACUUAAGCUCGA